AUGUCGGGACCGGUGAUCGUUGUACACGGUGGUGCCGGGAGCAUACCGGAUAGUCGUGAUCAACAAAAGUUCGACGGGAUGUGCGCCGCAAUAAGAGCGGCCCAUUACGCCUACGAAACGACUUCGUCCAUAACGGAAGCGUGUCAAGCGGCCGUCGAAUGUAUGGAAGACGACGAGGCGUUCAACGCGGGACGCGGGUCGGUGUUGAAUCUUAAGGGUGAAAUCGAAAUGGAAGCGCUCUUCAUGGAAGGGAAAGACAUGAACGCCGGUAGGGAUAUUUUUUGAAAUUCGUGAAUACCUAUUUGUUUACAAUAAUACACAAGCAUCUAGUUCGGUACCUAUCUAUUUCUGUACAAUAAUACAGUAUAUUAUUCAAUUGUUUAAAUGUCAUGCAUUUAAUAUUUGUUUGCAGGUAGCGUUACCGGCGUGAAAAAUAUUGCGCAUCCCAUUGCGUUGGCCAGAAAAGUGAUGGAAAACACCCCUCACGUACUUUUAAUGGGCCAGAGCGCCAAUGAUUUUGCAGUGAAAUCAGGAUUCGAAGCAGUCCCGGAUGAUUAUCUGAUGACGAGCCAUGCGAAAAUAGCAUUGGACAACUUUUUGAAGUCGGGCAGUCAACCGAUAACAACAGAAAUCGGACAGUAAAUUUAAUUCGGAUAAAACUCGUUAGUAAGGAGAUUUAAUUGUUAUUUUUUAUGUAUGUAUAUUGGUAGAGGUAGUGUUGGUACUGUUGGUGCUAUCGGUAUGGAUGUUAAUGGACAUAUGGUUUCGUGUACAUCAACUGGAGGAAUAACUGGUAAAAUGGCUGGUAGAGUCGGCGAUACUCCUAUUCCGGGUGCAGGUGGUUACUGUAACAAUGAAGUGGGUACAAUUUCGACCACUGGUCAUGGGGACAGCAUAAUGCGCUACUGUUUGGCUAGCAAAAUAAUGCAUCAUUUGGAAAAUGGUUUGCGACCACAAACUUAGAUUACUUAGAAGAUGAUUUUAAUGUUAUUAUAAAUUACUUCAUCAAUAUUUAGGCAACGAUCCAAAUAUUGCAGCUCAGAAAGCUUGCGAGUCUAUGUCAUCACGUGUGGGUGGCAGUGCAGGAGCCAUUGUUAUUUCCAAAGAUGGAAAGAUUGGCAUUGGGUUUUCUUCUCCAAAAAUGGCUUGGGCAUUUUUAGAAAACAGAAUUAUACACUACGGAAUUAAACAUGGUCAACAUUUGACAACAGAUUUAUAA